AUGUACAAUAAUAAUCAAAACCACCAUAAUAACGAUAACAAUAUGAACAAAGAUGAACCAACAACAAUUUACCCAGAAUUUAUAUCAAUUUCAAAUGAGAUUAAAACUAAUGGAUCAACCAAUUCUUAUUUAAAUAAUAUUAGAAGGGAAAUGCUAUCAAUGGUUAAUAGUGGUAAUAAUAAUAAUAAUAAUAAUAAUAAUAAUAAUAAUAAUAAUAAUAAUAAUAAUAAUAAUAAUAAUAAUAAUAAUGACAGUAUAGUUAUAAAUAUGGACACAAUUAAUAAUAAUAAUAAUAGUAAUAAUAUUGAUAUUAAUAAAAGUGGAUACAGCCAAAUUAGUAAUACAACAUCAAAUGAUAAUUUAAAUAAAACUUUACUUGGAAAUAAUGAAAUUUCUCAAAUUAAUGAUAUAGAUGAUGAUUCUUCACCAGAGUGCAAACAAAGAAAUCGUUCAUUUUAUACUAACAAUAAUUAUUUAUUAUUAAAAAAAAAAAAAAAAAAAAAAAAUUAUUAA